AUGGAUUCAAACAAUCAAACAGUUCCAAAGGACUUUAUUUUAUUAGGACUUUCUAAUAACCCCAGAGUAAAAAGAUUUCUCUUAAUUUUCUUUUGUUUUGUCUAUUCCACCACUUUGACAAGCAACUGUUCCCUGAUCAUACUAACAAGUGUUAUACAAGAAUUGCACUCUCCAAUGUACAUGUUCAUUUGCUGCCUGUCUCUCCUGGAUAUCACGUUUACAUCAGUCACCGUCCCCAAGAUGCUGGUUGGUCUCUUGUCAGAGCGAUGCCAUAUUUCCUAUAAUGGGUGUUUCACUCAGCUUUAUUUUUAUCACUUCUUAGGUUGCGCUGAAUGUUUACUGCUAAGUAUUAUGGGAUAUGAUCGCUAUGUGGCCAUAUGUCACCCUCUUCAUUAUCCACAAAUUAUGAACAAGAAUGCUUGUAUCCGCCUUGCUUCCAGCUGUUGGAUCACUGGCAUUAUCUACUCCUCUGUACACACCAUACUCACUGCAAGUUUAUCAUUUUGCCGUUCUAGAGAAGUCAGUCAUUUUUUCUGUGACAUGCCCCCGCUAUUAAAAAUAUCUUGUUCAGAUACAACAAUAAAUGAAAUUGUCAUCCUAUCUUUGGGUGGUGUGGUGGCUGGGGCAUCAUUUUUAUUGACUGUUAUAUCCUACAUUUAUAUUAUUUCCGCUAUUCUAAAAAUCCGCUCUGCACGGGGCAGGAAGAAAGCUUUCUCAACCUGCGCGGCACACCUUACCGUCGUCUCCAUUUUCUAUGGGACAAUCAUCAUCAUGUACCUUAGGCCUCAAUCCAGCCAUUCACUACAGCAUGAUAAAAUGCUCUCUGUUUUUCACAAUGUGAUAACUCCAAUGUUAAAUCCCUUGAUUUACAGUUUAAGAAACAAAGAUGUUAAGGAUUCCAUUCGAAAACUAAAGGCCAUCUCAUACAUGUUCUUGGAUACAAAGGAUUCAAACAAUUCAGGGAAAAUGCAUUGCAGAGAAAUUAAAUUCACAAUGCGUAUAGUUGCGUUACAUGCAACUCCCCCUGUUGACCGCACUGACGAUGAAAAACAUGGUGAGUAG